AUGGAUUCCAACUUGACAAUCGAAGUAAAUCAUACAGGUUCUUUUGUCCCCAAAUCGAUUGUGUAUUUCAAUCCAGUAAAAGUGGUUGUUAGCAAUGUCGAUUUCAGUAACAUGAGUUUCAUGGAGUUCAUCUCGUAUGUGAAGAAGUUGGUCAAGGAUGGAAGAAUCAAUGUGUACUAUUGUCUUCCACAACGUUCACUGAGAAAUGGGUUAAGAGCCUUGGAAGAUGAAAAUGAUUAUGUUCGUUUCCUUGAUGCUGGAUAUGAGAAUGGGGGUAUGAUCAAUUUGUACAUUGAUCACAGUCAGGAGACAGUUAUGGAGUGGAUUGAAGAAGAGAUAGCUGAAGAUUGA